AUGAGCUCCUGGGUGUCUGUGAAACACUUUCUGCAGAUCAAAACGACCUCGUAUGUUCGACGCGGCCUUGCUGUCUUUGGCCUCUACGGCGUGGCUAGCGACUACUACCUGAUGCACUACUACCAGGCGUUUGAACCAGCUGAGAGGCAACAGUACGUGGUUGACUGCAGCCCCAUUGAGCGUCCACGGUGCCAGGUGCAUGUGGUGCCGAGCAACCACUAUCCCGACUACACGCCGUGGACACCGAAGAACGGCGACGUCGUACUCGCGCGCAGUGUGUCGAAUGAACCAAACUGGUUGCAGUUCAUCAGUGGACGGUUUAUAGAGCACCAAACCUGUGGGGUGCGCCUUGCGAUUCCGCUCGAAGAGGUGCAAGAGAAAGAGCGACAGCGGCAAAAAGACGAGGAGACACUUAAAAAAAUGCUCUAG